AUGCGUUUCGCUGUUCUCAUCGCCUUCUUUGCCCUUUUGGCCGUGUCCUACGGUUUCUUGUACGGUGAGUUCCGUUCCUCAAAUACCUUGAAGGCGUUGGUCUUCGUGCUUAGUCUGAUCUGAACGAGCAAGAAGAACUCUGAGCUCUGCUCCGAACAAUGGGUAAUCAUCCGAGCGAAAUGGAACAAGAACAAUUUGAGAGCAAUUUGUGACGAAACUGAAGGAGUUCAAUAGAAUUCCAAGAAACUUCUUCCCUUCAUCUCGCUCUUUCUUUUUUCCUUUUUCCACCCGCCUAAUGCAUCAGUAAUUUGGGGUUAGGGAAAGAAGGAAAAGGGUGAGGGAGGGCUUCAUUAAUACGAGAAGAAGGUCUCCAGAAGGCGCCCGUGAACGAGGAGGAAAUGGCAGCUUUGUAGAUUUAAUUAGACUGGAAUUAUAUCAAGCACAACAUGCCUUCAAAACAACGUAUUUUUUGUUGCAGACACGGACGACUCGUACGUCGUCGCCGGAGAGCUUCCGAAGAGAAGUCUGGAGAACUUCUGGCGGAACAUCCACCUCCAGAUGCCGGGACGCGGAGGACAGAAGAGAACAGAGAGCCUGAGCCGGGCCAGCGCCAACGCCUACUACCGACUCGGAUAG